AUGGUUUGUGAAACACUCAAUGCAGCCCUGGAGUCCAUUGGUGAACGUGCAAGGACAAGGCAGAAUUUCAUCUUACUAGAGACAUUGGAGGUGUGCAGGGCUCAGACUUUGCUAAGAAGGGAUAAGGAACAAUUCAUCAAGAAUCUUGCCGAGGAAGAGAACACAUCAAGGCUGUGUAUUUUGAAAGAAGAAGGCCACUCAGUAGUUAGUCUAGAUGCGAGCGAUGUCGCAAUCCCUGUGCUUGACCCACCCGUCAGUGAAGAACCCCCUACCCUGACUGAGGUUAGGGUGAAGGAUCGGAAAACUGCAGGCAUAUGCGAUUCCCUGCUGAACUGCAAAAGGCUAGGGAUGAGCCUAUGGCACGAAGCAUACUGUCCUGACUGCCAUCAGGCAGUCCGGCAAAGUUUUCCACACAAUCUUCUGAAAUGGAUCCAUAACCCCCUACUAAGGCACCAAAGACAUGGCAAGUCCACAAUAGAUUAUGAAUGCCACAUAAUAGAUCGUUUCCUAGCACUUCGAGUCACUGUAAAAUCUUCGUCGACCACAAGACCUUGGCUUUGCCGACGAUACUUCGAUUCUGAGUCUCUGGAAUCUCUGGUGGCAGUUCUUGAUGCACUCAGCAAUGAGGCGAAGCCCCUGGGCUUACAGGUCUCCAGGACCAAGACCAGGAUCCAGGAUUUUGGGGCCAUGAUACUGCCAGUUUUGCUUUAUGGAAGCGAAACCUGGACGCCAUCUAGCGAUGCCUUUUGUAACAAGUCCAUGACUGCUACCUCAGGCUAUAUGGAGGAGGCCUAUGGAAAGACAUAG